GAAAUGUGUAUUUUUUUAUAACUUUCAACAAUGAUGCCACCUCGGAAGAAAUAUUUAUUGGGUAUUUUUUAAACAAAAAUUUCAAAAUUUAUACAUACAAUAAAAAUAAGCACAAUCAGUUUGAAAUACACAAAUGAGGGAAAAAUUGAAAAUUUAAGAUUUAAAAGAAAUCAUCAAACAGUGAAAGCAAAAAUAAUGAAGACGUGAAACAUAAUUAUAUUGUAUAUAUGUACAUAUAUAAAUUUAAAAAUUUACAAAACAACAAACAUAAGAAAAACUUCGACAUUAUUGUGUUUAAGGAACAUAAACAAAACAAAAUAACCAUCUGUACGAACAAGAUAUGGCAGCAUUGUCGAGCACGUUGUGUUAAAAUUGAAAACAAAAUAUUUAUUCAAAAUAUAAUUUCAAAUAAUUAUCCUUACUGAAGCAACCUAAACUCCAAAAAAAAAAAAAAAAAAAAAAAAUAAUUAUCCUACCAUUGCACGGGGACGCGAGUAACUUAAACCGCAGAAAAAGGUGUUCCGCAUAUCCUCUAACAUGAUGAAAGAUGAAGGAUUGGAUCAAAAGCCUCCGGUCAUAGCAAAAAAAGCUGGCCCCAAGCGCUAUUUUCAGUCACCUGUUUCUGAAGAUGAGGUGAAACCAAUUAAAUUGAAAAGUGUUAGCCAGCAAAAUUUCUCCGGUGAAAUCAUAAAGGUUGAGCAAGAUAAGCAGCUUCCAUUUAGGAAAGCUUAUCUGCGCAAAGCUAGAGUACCAAACCAAUCUAAAAAGAAUGUUUCAGAUUUGAAAGCAAGGGUAAAAAUUCCAAAAGAGGGUCUUGAAAAAUACUCUAAGGGAGAAAAGGUCAAUUCGAAAGGCGUGAAAACUACGUUUUUUAAGGAAAAGUUAAAGCGUAAAGAAGUUUAUUUGGAAUAUGCAACAGAACAAGCAGCACGCACUGAAAUAUUGCUUACGGAGCAACAAGGUUUCAUUGAGCCAGAAGAGGAAGAGAUCACAGCACAAUACAGGCAGGAAGAAAUUGCACAAAAUGUUGAUAUUCUUGCUGCAUCGAAGCAUUUUAAGUUAAAUCUUGAUUUCGGUCCUUAUUCUAUGCGUUACACUAAAAAUGGCCGUCAUUUGCUUCUUGGUGGACGCCGCGGGCAUGUUGCAGCUUUUGACUGGGUAACAAAAAAACUACUUUGUGAAAUGAAUGUUAUGGAGGAAGUCGUGGAUGUCUCGUGGUUGCAUGUGAACACCAUGUUUGCAUGUGCACAAAAAGAUUUCGUUUACAUUUACGACAAUCAAGGUACAGAACUGCAUUGCGUGAAACGUCUAUAUCGAGUCAACCGUAUGGAGUUCUUGCCUUACCAUUUUCUACUCGCAACUGGCAAUAAAGAUGGUUAUGCAUCUUGGUUAGAUGUGUCUAUUGGCGAGCUAGUAAGCAAUUUCGACACAAAACUUGGGGCCAUACGUUUAAUGCGUCAAAAUCCUGGAAAUGGCGUAGUGUGUAUUGGCGGAGCAAAAGGUGUAGUGUCAAUGUGGUCACCAAAAGUUCGUGAACCACUUGCUAAAUUGGUAUGUCAUUCCACACCUAUGAGUGCUUUGACUGUCGACCCAAAAGGACAAUAUAUGGUUACGGCAGGUCAGGAUCGAAUGGUUAAAGUUUGGGAUAUACGUGCUUUAAAAGGGCCUUUGGCGAGCUAUAGAUUAAGGUUACCAGCUAAUCAAGUUGAAGUGUCACAACGCGGAACUUUGGCUUAUUCACAGGGUACAUAUUGUGAAAUUCAGUCGAAUUUGUUAUUGGGCAAAAAGGCAGAAACGCCGUACCUACGCCAGACAUGUGAUGCUUUUGUGCAUGGAAUGCGUUUCUGUCCAUAUGAAGAUGUUCUUGGUAUAUCUACUGCUAAAGGAUUUCAGUCACUACUUGUUCCGGGUUCUGGCGAGCCCAAUUACGACGCAUUGGAAGACAAUCCUUAUCAGACCAAGUCACAACGUCGUGAACAUGAAGUUCAUGCACUUUUGGAGAAAAUACCGCCAGAGUUGAUUACAUUAGAUCCAAAUGAAAUUGCCGCUGUAGAUGUGCCCACAUUACAAGAAAAAGUUGAUGCGAAGCGAGCACUAUUCCAUUUGAAACCACCAAAAAUAGACUUCAAAUCAAGGCAUAAAAUGAAGGGUCGUGGAGGAAGUGCAAAAGCCUCACGCAACAAGCAAAUUGUUAAGGACCUCAAAAGAAAAGAGUUUAUUGAAGAUAUUAAAAAAUCAAAGCGAAGCAUCCUCGAGCAGAAGCCAAACGACGCAUCUGAUUUUAUACCGCUUGAAACAAGUGAACCAAAAGUACUUGAUCGAUUUAAGCCUAAAACCGCGAGGAAAAAGUGAUAAUUUAAAAUAAGUCACUUGGGAUUGAUCUAAGCUGUAAAAAUUGGAGAUAAACUUAAGACAAAAUAAAUAAUAUGAACUGAAAAAAUUGCAUCACUUCAACUUAUCGUGUGUAUAGGAACGCGAAUAUCCAGCAAAUUAAAAGAAUACGCAACAGUUGUUGUUAUAGGGGACCCAUUUCAAUAUUUGCUCUACUAAGGCAAAAAUUGUAUCUACAAUAAUAAGUCGAGCAUAAUUUUUUUUACUAUUUAUAUACAGUGCAUAUUUUUAUGUACUUUAUUCAAGCCUUUAUUUUAUUUUGGGUUGUGCGAAGUGUUUUAAUACAUUUUGGUAUUGUGAAAAAAUAUUGCAAAUUAAUGGAAUUGAACAUUUAUCUACAACUGGUAAAAUAAAGCCCGAAAAUAUGUACGCCUAUGUACGCCUGUGUUCGCAAUAACAGGAACACGACGAAUUAUUAAAAAGUGUAAAAAAGGGCACAGGUGCAGAAUAGCGAUUUCUCACCCCAGAAAAAUUAAAAAGUAGGGCCCUUUCCCUUUUUCUGAUUUCAAGGGUAUAUAUAACAUUUUGUCCCACUACAUAACUUUAAAUGCCUAUAUAUCGUAAAACAUCAGUAUUUUGAUUUUAACGAAAUUAGUGUACAGUCCCUGUACAGGCAAUUAAAACUAUUUUUAACUGAUGUGCUUAAGUGCAUAUAUAUGUAUACAUAUUUAACCCUUAACAACCGAGAGAUUUUUUUGUAAUACUCGACCAUAAGACGACGGAAAAUUAUAUUAGGUGAAAUUCUAAAACGUUUAUAAGGAUGAAAACUUAAA